GUUUUAUGUUGUGGAGAGCAGGGUGGUAGCAACUUAAAUAUACACGAUGCCUACUGAGAAUUUGGUUGAUAAGCGCAUGUGCAAGUUUAAAAACCGAGGCAAGGAUUCCAUGAAAAUGCGUGAGCGCAGAAUCGCAGAGUGUGUGGAGCUUCGGAAAGCACAAAGAGUGGAAAGCAUCCUGAAAAGGAGAAAUAUUUCUUCUCAGCCUGACGAAGAACUCCUGUCUCCAGAAUACAACACUGAAAACCAACAGGUCAUUUCAGCAACAAUUGAGGAAAUUGUUGCCAAUGUUAGGAGUGAAUGUCCAGCGCGACAGGUGCAGGGUUGUCAAACAGCCAGGAAGCUGUUGUCUCGAGAGCGGAAUCCUCCAUUAAAAGAAAUAGUGGAAGCAGGCCUGCUGGCCCACUUUGUAGAGUUCCUGGGUAGGAACGAUAGCCCCACUCUUCAGUUUGAGGCUGCCUGGUCACUUACCAAUGUGGCAUCAGGCACCUCAUGGCACACUCAGCAGGUGGUGGAACAUGGUGCAGUACCUGCCUUCAUUGCCCUUUUGGCCUCACCCAUGUUAAACAUAAGUGAGCAAGCUGUCUGGGCCCUGGGCAAUAUUGCAGGUGAUGGCCCAGCAUAUCGUGAUGCACUUAUUGACUGUAAUGUGAUACCUGCGCUACUAGCUCGACUAACCCCAGAUGUCCCUGUUGGCUACCUCCGCAACCUGACGUGGACCCUCUCAAACUUGUGCAGGAACAAGAAUCCUUUCCCUCGCUUCUCUGCUGUCCAGCAGAUGCUUCCCUCCAUUAUACAACUGCUUCACCACAGUGAUAAAUCUGUUCUGUCUGAUGCAUGCUGGGCCAUCUCCUACCUUACAGAUGGGCCAAAUGAGCGCAUUGAUAUUGUAAUAAAGACUGGUGUUCUUCCACGACUGGUUGAACUUCUGGGCUUUGAGGAGCUUGCAGUGGUGACUCCAGCACUUCGUUCUAUUGGGAACAUUGUGAGUGGUUCGGACCUGCAGACACAGAUGGCCAUUGAUGCUGGUGUGCUGAGUUCCUUGCCAAAACUAAUGCAUCACCCCAAACCCAGCCUCCAAAAGGAAGCAGCUUGGGCUGUAUCCAACAUUGCAGCUGGACCACGCCAACAGAUUCAGCAACUAAUAACAUGUGGUCUACUACCUCAUCUUGUAGAUAUUUUAAAGAAUGCUGAUUAUAAAACUCAGCGAGAAGCUGUCUGGGCUGUCACAAACUACACCAGUGGAGGAACAGUGGACCAGGUUGUACAGCUUGUUAAGUGUGGCGGUCUGGAAGCCAUCCUAAAUUUAUUAAAGGUUAAAGAUUCCAAGACUAUCCUAGUCAUCCUGGACGCAAUCAAUAACAUUUUCUUGGCUGCUGAGAAACUUGGAGAGGUUGAAAAGCUUUGUUUGCUUGUGGAAGAGUUGGGUGGGCUGGAUCAGAUAGAGCUGCUCCAGAAUCAUGAAAACAAUGCUGUGUACCGUGCUGCCCAAGCACUUAUUGAGAAGUACUUCAGCGAGGAUGGUGAAGAUGAAUGCCUGAAGACUGAGGCUACUGAAACAGGCUUUGUUUUUGGGCCUGCUGAGGUCCAGAGGAAAUUUGACUUCUGAUCAUUUUAUGCCUUAGUUUUGUAUGAAUAAACAUUUCUUUGCAGUA